AUGAGGCUGGCGGUCUGUUCGGUCAGGCAGUUCUUGCCAAUGGAAUUACGAGUCGGCAAUAAAUAUCGCCUUGGUCGUAAAAUUGGUAGUGGAUCAUUCGGCGAGAUUUACUUAGGUACUGAUAUCACAAAUAACGAAGAGGUAGCUAUUAAAUUAGAAUGCGUCAAAGCAAAACAUCCACAACUACAAAUUGAAGCUAAAAUUUACAGGCUUAUGCAAGGGGGUAUUGGAAUUCCUUGUCUGAAAUGGUCUGGAACAGAAGGCGAUUACAAUGUUCUGGUUAUACAAUUACUUGGUCCUAGCUUAGAAGAUUUAUUCAAUUUUUGUGGUCGGAGAUUUAAAUUAAAAACGGUUCUUUUGUUAGCUGAUCAAACAAUUACACGUGUGGAAUAUAUACAAAAUAAAAAUUUUAUUCACCGCGACAUUAAGCCGGAUAAUUUUCUAAUGGGUCUGGGUAAACGCGGUAAUCUUGUUUAUUUAAUUGAUUUUGGAUUGGCGAAAAAAUAUCGUGACAGUCGAACACGUCAACAUAUACCAUAUCGAGAGAAUAAAAAUCUUACUGGGACAGCUCGAUAUGCUAGUAUCAAUACACAUUUGGGCAUAGAACAAGCUCGUCGAGAUGAUAUGGAAUCGCUAGGUUAUGUGUUAAUGUAUUUUUUACGUGGUAGUCUUCCAUGGCAAGGUUUAAAGGCUGGCACUAAACGUCAAAAAUAUGAACGAAUUAGCGAAAAAAAGAUGCAAACACCUGUAGAAGUUUUAUGUGAAGGUUAUCCAGUUGAAAUGGCUGUCUACCUUAACUACUGUCGUGGAAUGCGUUUUGAUAAUGAACCAAAUUAUUCUUACUUAAGAAAUUUAUUUCGUGGUCUAUUUCAACGUGAAGGUUUUACAUAUGAUUUUAUUUUUGAUUGGAAUCUAUUAAAAUUUUCUGGCAACGAUCAAAAUUCCAUAACUAACCCUGGUGGUACUGUUAACAAUGAUCGCAAUAACGGUAAUGAUCAUUUGAUUACAAAUCAACAGCCGUCACAAUCACAACAACAAGUCGUCCAGUCUUCUCGACGUGGACAUCAUCACGAUGAAAAAGUUAAAUCUCGUAACAAAGGGACAUCUGGUAAUCCGGGUUAUACAGUUCAGCAGAUCAGUGCAGCAGUAACUCAUAAUCCGACCACAACGGCGAUUGAUUCCCGUACUGGUUUUACGCAACAGGGUAUAGGCUCAGUAACCGCUUAUCCACGUGGUAUGCCACCGUCGUGCCUACCAGCUGCACAAAAUAUGGUUGCUCAGUCAUUACAAGUAAUGAGUCUUCAGACACAACCUGGUCAAACAUCCAGUACUGUCGCUCAUCAUCAUCUUCAGCAGAUUCAGUCGCAUCAAACGUCGAAUCCGUUAACUGGAUAUUAUAAUCAGACGGCACAACAACAGAACAUUUCACAAUCUCCUCAAUUAGGUACAUCACAGUUUGCUAAUCCUACUUGUCCUAAUAUGUUUCUUAUAAAUAAUAAUACUAAUUUAAAUAACCCUGGUAACAAUCCAAUGCAAAUGAUUGGUGGCUUACAACAGCAGCCUAAUUCUAAUUUAUAUCCCUCGAUUGAUCCAAACUGUAUUAUACAACAUCCAUCCCAACAACAACAACAGACUGUACAACAACAUCAACAGUCACAAAAUGUUUGUUGUCUCCCUGUACAAUCACAGCUUCAGUCCGGUAUAAAUAAUAACAGUAGUACUAACCAACAGGUUGCAUCCCGUCAAAUUGUUCAACCUCAUCAUCCACAACAAAGUUCAUAUUUAUUAACUCAACCAAAUUCAGUUGGUCAAGUGAUUGGUGUUGCUAGUAGUGGUAAUAACAGCACAACAAAUCAAAUCCAUCACCACCAUCAACAUUUGAAUUCAUCUACAACAUUUGGUAAUCAUCCGCAUAAUCUGUAUCAUUUACGUCUUCAUCCGGAAACAUUUUAUGUGCCAGCAACAGUUAGUGGGCAAACAAAUAAUCAUAGUAAUGAGAAUUUCACUUCAACUCCUAUGGUAUUGCCAUCAGGACAAGUUGGUGGUGUUGGUAGUAAUGCAUUUAGAAAAUAAUAACAAUACAAUAUCAGUGUUUAAUUAUAUAUAUGUUAGUAUAUAUAUAUAUAUAUAUAUAU